AUGGAUCCCCCAACCAAAGAGCCGAAGACGACUCCGCAAAGACACUCGAGACAUGGUUCAUCCGGUAGAGUGGAUGAAAUCAGUCUCGCCAUUUUUGGGAAUCACGCCCGGGAAAUGUUCAAGGGAACUAUACUUACAAGUUUUGUAGCACCUAUACCACGACGGCCAACUCGUGGGCCACUAGAUAUUUCAGACCCUGCCGCCAACCCGCUCUCCCCAACGAAUCUAUUACAUCAAUCCUCUUCACAGAUUCUCUCCCCUCCUACACGUUAUCACACUCCAAGACUGCCAUCCCCGACCCCCGGAUCAAAUCUUUCAACACUAUCAUCAGUUCCGUCCUUCAAAACCGCCCACUCAACUCUUCAAAGUACUCAAAAGGAUUUCUCGUAUCUUCUCCGGCCCGAGAUCUACCACCCUUUAGCUCUCAUUGAUGUCCCGCCACCAUUCCGCAGCCCUUCGGUACAGCCAGAUCCCUCUACUCCGAUACCAGAACUCAUCUCUGCAGGGCAUUGGAGAAGCGCCGCCAUUAGAGCCGCCCAGCAACUCACCGCACCAACCCUGUCUCCUUCAGACCACACAGCUAUCUUUGCUCUCAUAUACACGCGUCUUUCAUGCCUAACGCUAUGCAACCAAACGCCCCUCGCAGCUCAGGAAGUAAAAUGUUUAGAGGACUUAAAUUCCUCCUAUUACCGCGACGACAUCUCCGGCUUACCUCUAGUCCCAUGGCACUUACGUGUUCUAGCCGUAAGGUUACAAGGUAUGGGAUAUGCAGAUGCACGAAGGGGUGUCAUGGGAUACUACGAUCUUGCUCGUGAAGCCCGACUUACUCUCACGUCUUUGAAAAAAAGACUCAGCGAGCACAACGCCAAGGAACUGGAGACGAAAGGGGCAAUCGAGAAUGAGAUCAUAAUUUGGAAGGAGCGUCUUCAUGACUUAGGGAUCCGCGUUGCGAGUGCAUUGGUUGAGAUGGAGGAUUUAGAAGGUGCUGCGCGCUUCCUUAAAACGCUUCGACCUUCGACUUCGUCAGACGGAGCGUUGCGGUUGGAGGCUCAAAAGGCACUCCUGUAUCUUUGUCUAGGCGACGUGGAUGCAGCGCGAUUGUGUAUCUCUCCUUCCGGUCCGACCCCCGGAGACCCUGCCACUGGGAACGAAGAGGAAAGAAAGAAAGAGCAAAAUAUUAUCCUCGCAUUAUCCCACAUUGCAGACGGGAACUACGAUGCUUCAGCUGCUAUUUGGGAGGAAUUUAUUUCAUCUGGAGCCGAAACUGCCGUGUACAAACAAAACCUCGCAGUUUGUCACUUAUAUCUGGGGCGCAUGGAUGAUGCACGAACAACCCUAGAAUCACUCCUCACCACUCCAGAAGGCCCCAACACUUUCCACGCCUUAACCUUCAAUCUAAGCACGAUCUAUGAGUUAUGCACGGAGCGGAGUCGGGCUCUGAAGAUCGGGCUGGCGGAGAAGGUUGCCGGUAUUUUAUCGAAGGAAAGGACCUCUGGGAUAUCGGGGCAAGGGAGUGAGAAAGUGAACGGGGAUUUUAAACUGUAG